ACCUCCUAAAAGCUGAUUCUCAUUACCUGGUGGGCGAACUACUAAAAAGAAAAAAAAAAAAAAAGAAGAGGAAGAAGUGUAAACAGCUUCAGCAGACAUGACGUUGCCCUCAACUUCAAACCAGGAGCUGCUAGGCUUGGCUUGCAAGCAAGAGCAGGAACCUUGCCGUUUACUUGCUUAGCCAUUUGCCAGACCACACAGUGCUUAGUUACGAGCUAUAAACAAAGCAGUAGAAAGAGAGAAAGGAAGAGAGAGAGAAGAGGAGAAGACAGAAGGAAAGAAAGAAAGAGAAAGAGAAGGAAAACUAUAAACAGAAGUCCAAGCAAGUCCUGAAUAUAUUUAACAUGACAUUUACAACUAUGGCGAUCUAAACAAUCAAUAUUGGGCAAAAAUACAGAAGAUUUCAGACUGUCCUGGAUGUAGCAUCUGUCCAACUUAUACAGGCAUAAAAAUAUUAACCUCUAUAUCCUGGCCAAACUCCAAGCAAGCAUGAGCAGUUCCUGUGUGACACUGACUGAGCUCCUGUGGGCAAAAGGAAGCCCUUUAGAGGAAGAAGAAAUAUGGGCACUCUUGUACCUGGCCACAGUGCAGCUUCUGGAGGACCUUCACAAAGAUGCUGCCAUCUGUGUGAUUUGUCCAAGGUCAGUCCUACUGUCUCCUGAAGGAAAUUUGUCCUUCCAAAACAAUGCAUCUCAGACAGAAGCUAUCCCUUUCACUGCACCAGAAUUGCUCCACAGACAAAGUAAAAACCAGCGCAUCGGACUAACAAAGAUGCUAGUGUAUUCCUUAGGAAUGACCCUCUACUGGUCAGCAGACUACCAGGUUCCUCCAAACCAGUCCCUCCAGCUGAGUGACCAACUACACACUCUCUUGCUGACACUGUGUGAAGAUCUGCCACAUAAAAGACUUUCUCCUGAAUCAAUUCUGGAUGCAUGUGAGGCACACCAGAAGGAGUCUGCUUCCUUACCAGCAAAAGUCUACAUAAAGAAAAUGGUCCAGUUUGCUGUGGGAAAUGUCAGUGAGGUAGAGCGGGUAGUCACCAAAGACAGCACAGCCUCUCAGCUUUACAGAAGUCACGCGAUAAGGAAAAGGCUGCAUGAGAAAGUAUUAGACACCUCACCACUGUCUUCCCAGAUGAAUUUUCACCAAGAAAAAGGGUCCAGAUUAAUGAAUUAUAGUCGAUCAACAGAAGAUUACAGGCAAUUAUCUGUGGACUACAGUGACUCUAAUAGUAUUUCUGAAAGUACAUCUUUGAUACUGUCUAACCAAGGACACAGGAGAGAUAGAGUUCCACAGACACGCAGUUCAUGGGAUCCCAGCCUUAGUGGGUCAAGGACACAAAGUAGCUACAAGCUCUUCAUAAACAGGUCAGUCAGUGCUGUAGAAGAAAUCCCUGGUGGAACUCAGGAGAACAGCAGACAGAACCUGUUAAGUUUAGGCUCCACCUUUUCUGUGUCUACAAAGGACUACACAGCAGCUGCUGCAUCACAGAAAUGUUUGUUCCACAGGAAGGAAAAGUUUUCAGGUCCAGAAUUUAUUAUUUUGUCUAGUGAACCACCAGUGACCUUACAGCUGCCUGGAUCAAUUGUGACUAAAAAAGGGAAAUCCUAUUUGUCCCAGAGGGAUCUCAACGUGAUUCUACUCAAUGGGCAGUGCCUUGAGGUGAAAUGUGACAUUAAGUCCAAGGCAAGAGAUGUUUUCAACACCGUGGUGGCAUAUGCAAACUUGGUGGAACAUUUCUACUUUGGCUUGGCUUACCUGAAAGGUAAAGAAUUCUUCUUUUUGGAUGAGGAGACCAAACUCUACAAAGUGGCCCCUGAUGGAUGGAAUGACCAACCCAAGAAGAAAACCUCCAUCAUUAAUUUCACACUCUUUCUAAGGAUUAAAUUCUUUGUCAACCACUUUAAUGUUAUCCAGCAUGGCUUGACAAGGCAUCAGUUUUACCUGCAGCUUCGUAAAGAUAUUUUGGAGGAGCGAUUAUAUUGCAAUGAUGAGACUGCCCUGAAACUCGGCGCUUUGGCUUUACAGGCAGAGCUUGGCAAUUAUGCUUCUGAGAUGCAUGGAAAGAGUUAUUUUCGUGUGGAAGACUACGUUUCAGCAAGCCGAAUAGAGAAAAUGACCCUGGCAUAUGUACAGCAAGAGCUUGCUAAAUUACAUCGUAUGAAUCAUUCCCUACUUGAGGAUGAAGCUGAACUAGAAUUUUUAAAGGUCACUCAGCAGCUUCCUGAAUAUGGAGUGUUAUUCUAUCAUGUGUCCCAAGAGAAGAAAGGAGUAGGAGGGGACAUCAUCCUGGGAAUAUGUGCCAAAGGCAUCAUUGUGUAUGAAGUCAAAAAUCAUACAAGAAUUGCCAGUUUACGAUUCCAGUGGCGUGAAACAGAGAGAAUUUCAGCUCAUCGAAAAAAAUUCAUGAUUGAAAGCAGCUUCAGUGGCAAGAAACACACCUUUGUUACCGAUACAGCAAAGACAUGUAAAUAUCUACUGGAUCUCUGCUCUGCCCAGCACAAAUUCAAUGCACAAAUCAAUUCUAGGCAACUUCAGCAAACUUCAACAGAGGAAAGUAAAUUUGUAGAAAUAGACAAAGCAAAUUCUGCAUAUGCAGCUCAGCGUGAACACCUCGCCCUGAUUCAGAGACUGUCUCGUUCAGAGAAUGUGCUCUAUGGAGCAAACCUGGAAAAUGUUUCUGUUGGGAUGAUGAGCAAAUCUUGUGAUAACCUCAAUGUGGAAACCAACAACAGGACUAGAGACAAAAGCAAUCUUGACAGAUAUACCUCGGGGCUACCUCAGUCAGAAAUGCACAUCAAUUUGAAUGGAAAGCAAAGGAGUUAUGACUACCUCUCUAUACAUUCAACUCAGAACACAAUCAGUGCACCCGGAUCACCAGCCAUCCAAAAAGAAGCUUUCCUAAGUGGUGUAGAAAGAGAAAUCAUUUGUGUCAGACUAAAACGUGACCCUAAGAAUGGAUUUGGUUUUGUAAUUAUUGGUGGAGAAAAUGUAGGAAAAUUAGACCUCGGAAUCUUUAUCGCUUCAAUUAUUCCUGGGGGACCUGCAGACAGAGCUGGAAAUAUCAAAUCAGGAGGACGACUCAUCUCUGUGAAUAAUAUUAGUCUCGAGGGCAUUUCAUUUAAUACUGCAGUUAAAAUCAUACAGAAUUCUCCCGAUGAAGUGGACCUCAUCAUCUCUCAAACCAAAGACAUAUAUGAAGAAGGGUUACAUGAAGAAAAGAAUCUAUCAAGAGGAAACAGCACUAGUGGAUCUGAGAUCUCUUGUGUAGACAGUGGGAGAAAAAAGAUUCAGGAUCAUCAUACAGCUCUCCCCAAAGAAGAGGACGUAAAUAUAGAUGAACUUGAAAAGGCACCAAAAUGGGGCCCUACGAUUACAGUUCCUUCAGCUGAUAGUCUGGAUGUGGGGGAAGCUGAUUCUUCACACUUACCAUCUCCAUCUGAAACCAACUCAAAAGAAAUCUAUACUGUGGAGCUUGUUAAAGAAGAUGGGACUUUUGGAAUCAGUGUGACUGGUGGAAUAAACACUAGUGUGCGUCACGGUGGGAUAUAUGUGAAGUCAAUUAUCCCCAGGGGACCAGCAGAUAAGGAUGGACAAAUAAAGAUAGGUGAUCAUCUGCUAGAAGUAGAUGGCAUCAGCCUCUGCGGCAUCACCCACAAACAGGCUGUGGAACACCUUAAGAAAUCUGGCCAGAUUGCCAAGCUGGUUCUAGAAAGGGGAAACUACCGAUUGCCAGAGCCAUGCCUGGCUGCUAAUGGCAGAAAGGAGAAUCAAUGUGCAGUUGUUUCUGUGGCAACAUCCUUCACAGAUGGUACCAAGGACUACUGCUUUUUGACAGAUGAUAAUACAUUUGAAGUCAAAUUGACAAAGAAUUCUGGAGGCCUCGGCUUUAGUGUUCUGCAAAUGGAAGGAGAUGCUUGCAAACACCUUGAAGGAGCUAUUUUCAGGAUCAAAAGACUGUUUCCAGGGCAGCCAGCUGAAGAGAAUGGCAAAAUUGAAGUCGGAGAUAUCAUUUUAGCUGUGAAUGGGAAACCUAUUCAAGGACUCUUGUAUCAGGAUGUCCUCCACUUGUUGAGAGGAGCUCCUCUAGAAGUCACACUACUACUUUGCAGACCACCAAAAGGUGUUCUUCCAGAAAUAGAGCAGAGUGCCCUGACUCCAGCACCAUCUCCAAUUAAGGAAUUUGUGACAGAAACACCAGGCAGAACAGAGGUAGGAAAUAGUAUGGAUCAGUCUACCACUGAUGGACGCAACACCUCUCCAGACCUCAAAGACUGCCUGGAUUCUCCAGUGGCAGCAGAUUUCAGUGAGCCUCCUGAAGAGAACACCUCAAUUUAUGAAGAACAGGAAGCUGAGUUUCAAGAAAAGACCAUACAGAAAGUUACGACUCCCAGUGAAAGUUGCUAUAAACAUCUUUGGAAGUUUCAUCGAGAAGCUGCUAGUUCUGAAGUCUUGCACUCCUUAGAGGAAGAAAUGAAGCAGAACUGCUACUCACCAUGUGAAUUUGAAUGGGCCAAAAGCUGCAUAUUUAAUAAGAGUGAUGAUGACCUAUCAAACACAAAAUGUAUGCCUGAAACUCUCUCUCUAACACCUACUGAUGAAGAGUAUCUCACUGUCAGCUCGACCUCUGUGAUCCCACUUUCACGAGGAGGAAGCUCCGAGACACUCUCCACAACAAUGGUGACCCCACAACCACGUGUCUAUGGUCCCUUCUCAUCAUCCCUGCCUGCUAGAGAGAUACAUGGCAGUGACAAUGAAUGGGAAGACUUGGAGGAACUAGAGGAAGACAAGGAAGAAAAGGAAGAUUGCACUAGGGAAAUGGAGAUCUUUGUGACUUUGACAAAGUCAGAGAACAAUGGUUAUGGAUUCUCUGUAGUUCUUAACAAAGUGGACACCUGCUUGUAUGUUGAUGAAAUCUUGAAUGAGCCUGCCCUGUCUGAUGGAAGAUUAAGAAAGGGAGACAAAAUCAUUAUGGUGAAUGGGAUUAACGUCACAUCUCUACCAUGCAAUGAAGCCCUGACUUUACUGCAGAGUUCUCCUCCUGAUCUGCACCUUGUGGUUUGUCGUGCUGACAGUGGUCCAUGUCCCUCUAUCAGGCCAGAUGAGAUUCCUGAGAUUACUCUCACAAAAGGUGCCAAUGGACAGCUAGGGUUGAAGCUGACAGGAGGAGCUGGAAGCAAGUUACAAGAGAAACACUUGGAGGAUACAAGCUGUGGUGCUCAGCAAAACAGUCCUGAUUCUCCAGAAUGUAAGGACUUCAUUAUUAAGAUUGAGCUGGAAAAAGCAGAACAUGGAAGCCUGGGAUUUGCACUGGUAGGUGGAAGAAAUGGCAGCGCUAUCCUAAUAAAAGCCAUCAGCCCAGACAGCACUGCAGAUCUAGAUGGGAGGCUUCAAGUUGGGGACAUCCUACUUAAGGUGAAUGAGACUUUCGUGUCUGGUCUGCCACGCCAAACAGUUGUAGAUUUGCUACGCAAGGCUCGAGGCUCUGUUCAACUCACUGUCUGUCGAAGAAUGUCUUUGCAUUGGGAUUAUUCAGGCAAUCAGAGCAACAUGGUAUCUUCCCCCACAAACACAAAAGCAGAGCUUGAUAGUGCUGAAGGAAGUCUACAAGCUCAGCCCAUUUUCACUUUCAAGGAAGAAGAAGAAUCCAACCAGAUGUGCACCAAGGAUCCAGAAAGUACACACAGUUCACCUCUGCAAGGUUGGCUGUCUGGACAGGACUAUAAGGAUAUCAUCAGUAACAUUUCAGACAGGUCAUGGAAAUAUGCAGAAUGUGAAGGCAGCAGAAGAGAGAGUCAGCAGUCUGAGUCAGACAGCUGGAACAAUGAAGAUGAUGAUAUGCCUCACAAGAUUUCCGUUCUACCUAGAAGCAGAACCUUUGCUUCUGGAGAUGAACUGACUCAGUUAAUAAACUUUAGACCAUCACUGAUUGGAGUAGGUCCAAGGACUGGCAUCACAGAUCUUAUUCAAGGCCUUCAGUUGCGGAUUGAGAAUCAAGAGGUGCUAAAGGAGUUUCUGGCUUUAGAACAUGUAAAACCACUAAAUGACUGCAGAACUGGCAAAGCACCAGAAAACCAGGAUAAAAACAGAUACCAAGAUAUUCUUCCAUAUGAUAGGACACGAGUUCCUCUGGGAGAAAAGAAUGGUUACAUUAAUGCAAAUUAUAUUAGAAUGAAAGUUGGAGAAGAAGAACAUUUCUAUAUCAUAACACAAGGGCCUCUGCCAUCCACUAUUUCUGAUUUCUGGCAAAUGGUCUGGGAGAGUGAAUCAGAUGUGAUUGCCAUGAUGACAAAAGAAGUGGAGCUAGGGCAAGUCAAAUGUCAUAAAUACUGGCCUGAAUCUCCCCAUGACCCCACAGACCUGGCUAAGUUCCAUCUCAGGCUAGACAAUUACCAGAUUCUGGAAUACUUCAUAAUUAGAACAAUAGAAAUGAUCAACAAGCAGACAGAAGAGAAGCGCAUUAUAAAUCAUUUGCAGUUUACCACUUGGCCAGAUGACAAUAUUCCCAAACUGGCUGAACAGCUUGUAAAAUUUAUUUGUUACAUGAGAAAAGCUCACAGUGCAGGACCUAUUGUUGCUCACUGCAGCACUGGCAUUGGAAGAAGUGGAGUUUUGCUCUGUGUUGAAGUUCUGCUCAGCUAUAUAGAAAAAGAUUUAUGUUUCAACAUCAAGCAGAUAGUGAGAGAUUUGAGAGAUCAGCAUUUUGGCAUGAUCCAAACUAAGGAUGAGUAUUUAUUCUGUUAUGAAGUUGUGCUGGAAGUCCUUCAGAAUCUUCAAGCAAUGGAUUCCUACUGACUGCAAUAUGAGUCUUCCCUGUUGCUACCCCCUUGGACUUUGGGGACCACUCAGCAAUUCCUUUAAAGAGAUGUCAAGCCAGCAUGGACAAGUGUUAUAGUACAUGCUUUGUUAGAUUACUCUGAUUUCUAAGGCAAUCCAAAACCUUGCUUAUCAUGUCCUGGGUAAGUCAUCUGUAUCUUGGUUCACAGUUUGGAGAAACAGCCAGUCAGCACUGCUGCACUGCUGUUAAAUUGCUGUGGACAAUUUAAGUAUUCUGUGUAAUAACAUAUUAAUUGUUAGGAAAAUAUUUUGGGACUGUGACAAGGAGAUAGCAUCCUUUGAAAUCAGCUUUACUUUCCAGAGGGCAAGUAUAAAGAUCUAAGAUUCUGCUGGUGUUGAUGGAAGAUUAGUUUUUCCUUACACACUGUUGCACACUAUUGGCUUCUGGACUGCAAAUCAGUAUUUCCUACAGUAGUUAUGCUUUUGUGUGGAAGGAUUCAAUUUGUUUACCUUUAGUUGCUUGAACAAUAUAGAACCAUUUCCAGUCAUCACUCCAGCCCAGGAAUUUAUAUCACCAGAACAACUUAAAUGAAGAAAGUGACACAAAACCAGUACACCUUUAAACCCUAGCUGGUUCUAUUCAAACCAGGAAAAGCAUUCUAAUAAUUAGGUGGAAUAUUAUUCUUUUCCAGCAAUACGAACAGCUGUAGAUAGCAUCAGUAUUCUUUCAUUCUGCAUCCAUGUAAAAAGGAAUGCAAUACUAAGCCAGAUGAAAUGACUCUGUGUUUGUUGUGGCACACAUAUACAUUUCAUCUUCCCCUGAUGUUUUCCAUUGAUUAACUAUCUUGUAAUUCUUAUCUAGGAUUUGAACCAAUCUAUGGGAAGUCCCGCUGGUUCCAGUAGCGGCUGAACCAGAUCUUUACAUUUGAGUAAAUAACCCUGUACAGUUUAUUUCUCUUGUAAAAAGUGUUUCUGUUAGCACGAGUUUGAGUGGAUUUGAGCAGAAAUCUGUUGUUCAAGUUUAUAAGAUUGUACUUGUUUCUACAGUACUACUUCUAAGUCCUUUAUCUAGAAGGAUAUAUAUAUGGAAGUGAAGUUAUUAGAUGUGCAUUGGAAGAGUAACUUUUAAACAUACAAAAUUAUAACAGCAUUUAUUUAAUUGAAUUGUACAUAUUUUUAAAACUUCUCUGAUUUCAGGAAAGGAGAAAAUAUUAAGAGGCAUUUGAAUAUUAAACCCCAGUAGAAAAAAGACAAUAAAAUAGUUGUUUAUUUUCAUUACGAAUGAGGGGUUUAUGGUUCAGGAAGAAUGAAGGAUUAAAUACAAAUUAAAAGCAUGACUUUUAGAAAAAGUCACUGUAAUACAAUUAUAAUUAAGGCCAAGAGCCAUUUUUUCUUUUUGCCCUCAGAUAGUCCACUGGAAGUCAGGAAAAAAAUAGAAAUGAAAUUUAUGAUGUGAGCCAGAUGCUAAUUUCAAACAUAUUGGUAAAGAUCCAGAGUAACGCUAAAUUAGUGGAGUAACCCUGCACUUAGAUUGGUAUAAAUAUAAAUAGAAUUAAGUGUUUUGUCCUAAAUUCAUUGAAUUUGAGCCUUCCCAGAAGCAUUACGCUCCAUGCAUUCUGCAUUUACUAUCUUUAUUUUGAAUAUAAAGAACUAUUUGCAGUUUUGUCAAAUGUCAUCAGCCAAAUUUUUGUCCAUAACUUUGUUAUCUUCAUUUGGUAUUUGGCCUUUCACUUUGAUUUUGAUUACUGCACAUGUACUAUUAUGCAAUGAAUGCACUACACUGCACAUCAAUGCACAAUUCACUUGUUGUACCACAAAAACUUUAAAAAGCUUCUCAGUGAAAAUAUUCCUGUACUUUACGCAAAGGUGUUUUUUCUGUGGUUUAGAACAAGUAUUCUGGAUUUAGAAGGCAAUCUUCAUGGCAUUAUCUGUUCUUCCUCAUUUGUGCAUUAUUGCAGAUGUUCAACAGAAGUUUUUCCUGGUUUACAGGGUUAUUAAAAAGAUUUCUGAAAACA